CUACUUUGUUUCACCAUACUUCAAGAAUGGCAACUUGUUUGAAGCGGUAAAAGAAGACACUUACAGUUUGAAACGACGUGUUGGUUUUAAAAUGGUUUGGAAAACAAGGUUUAAAAUCAUGUACCAGAUUGCAUGUGCAAUAGACUUUAUGCACACUGGAAAUAAAUACAGAGGUACAAUCUUACAUAUGGAUAUUAAAUCCAAGAACAUCGUUCUGGAUGCCAAUUUCAAUGCGAGGUUAAUUGAUUUUGGGCUCGCCAGAGAGUUAAAAGAAGGCGAUGAAACCUUGUUGAUGACUGUCAUGCCUGUGGGGACCCUAGGGUAUUGUCCGAUUGUUCAACAUAGUCUGCUUAAAAAGCAACACGACUAUCACAACUUUGGAGUAGUUUUACUCGAGUUAAUUACUGGUCUCAGCCCAUCUGCAACAGAGGAAGGGAUAGAGCUUAGAAAAUGGCAUGAACGUCUUGUAAUUGGGAAAGCACAGACGUCGAUAUGGGAUAUUCCAGAGAUCUUAGAAAAAGCAGUUGAUACUGCCGUCAAGUGCAUAAAAAGCGUGAACCAGGAAGGCGAAGAAAAAAGCCUAUCAUCUGAUGAAAUCGUCAAAGAUUUAACGCGCAUUUGUAAGAAUGAGUCAGUUACGAAAUGGGACACAGCAGAUAACGGUCGUUGCGAUAUAUGCUUGGUGAAUAACGCCAUAAAAGGUGAAUUGAAUGUUCAUCUCGCGGAUUCCACCAAUCUCUGUAAGCAACCGAUUCGCACGUGCUUUUCAUGCAUGAGGAACUCGUACAUCAAUCCAGUCCAGUGUUACACGUGUGGGAAGACUGUUGAACCCUUCAUAAAUGACAAAUGGGGCGCCAUCUUAGUAGCAGGUUAUGACGAAAAAGAUGGACCGGUUUGGUGGAAGGAAAUAGAUGCCUUUAAGGACGUUAUUACUUCGAAGGUCGUGCCUGCAAUGUGCAUAAGUUCAGACAAUGUGAUUGUGAUUGGUUCGGGUGCGGGUCAAACGCACACGUUUAAAAGUCAAAUAGAUGACGCAUUUGCUCGACUCAUGGACAAAAACAUCCGGACGUUGCUGUUUGUGUACUCUGGACACAAGGAUGACAGUUUUCAAGUUGGUCGAGACGAGAAUUAUUCAUUGAAGUCGUUAAGUGAAAAACUUAACGAAUGGAAUAGUAAAGAUUCUGCGUUUGAAAAAGUGAUUGCGUUUCUUGACUGUUGCUACUCCGAAAAGUUGGACUUGAAAAAUACUCUGAAGCUCAUUCAGUUCAACGCAACUUCUCCAAAUGACACUGCCAGUGCUUAUGAAAAAGAUGGAAGUCCAUUUUUGAAGUACAUAAGGCAAGCCUUAACAGGUCUCGCUAAUGGGGACAGAUGCACAUACAAGAAUGGAAAGUGCGAAUGCUCUAAGCUCCUUUCAGAAGACUUUAUUACUCUUGAAGAUUUGUCGAAAUAUCUAAACGCACAUAUAACAACUGAAUCUUCGCAGGAAUACUGUCCCCACAUAAAUACCAGUAACAUAAAGUUACAAGACACAAUAUUAGCCUAUAAUUAUCAAUAUGAAGUGAUGUUCGAAUUUAAAUUAAACUUUCCUGGAAUGAUUGAACAUUCACCGAGUAUUCUUAUCCGCCCAAGAGAGUUCAAUAAUUUCGGACAAUUAAAACUAAAAUUGGCUACAGAAGUUAUGAAAAGUGUGAAUGUCUUGCAUCCAGAUAAAGACAUAAAUGUGUCAAAUUUUGCUGCUACCUUGACUAUAGAGAUCAAUACAGGACCUAGGGCCAAGCACAUUCAAGAGAUAGACUCCGUAGAAAAGCUGGUGUCAGCUUGGAACUCGAAGCGGCUGUUGCGAUGCACACUACGUCCAUUGCAGAAUAUGGGCGUGGGUAAACCUGUAGGGCGGUGCUUGAAGAACGUUCCAGACAUCCGAGAUGUCCAUCAAGCUGUUCUCCAGAAAUGCAACAUAACGGAGUAUCCUUUGACGAAGUCUGACCUUCUGAAGUAUGCAGACCGAUUGAUCAAGACAGAAAAGAACGCUACAGGACAUUUGAAAGAAUAUUCAGAUUUUUUGGACAUGCUUAGUUAUCUACAGAAAGAGAAGGAAGGAGACGUUCGUUUCGACAUUUCAUUCUUUGACCUCCCAAAAAGCUACACCGUUGCCUCCAUGAGCAUUGUACAGACAACCGGUGUCACAGAAAGCAUGCAGGAGUAGUAAUGAUGUCCUUGUCGCAUUGGGUUUGGUCAUGAAAUGUGGUGUGUGAUGUAUUUCAUAAAAAUUGCAAUUGGACUUAAAUUAUGCACAUUGAAGGAAUAAUAGCGUUGAGACCAUAACUCUCAAGUAUGAAGAGUAUUAAGUUAUUGAUAUUGCUUGAGUUCGCGUUUGAAAUGAACCCCCUUUGCUCUCUUAUCUGUUCAUAACUUGCUCAGAUGAGCUUUUGUGAUUAACCUUUUUUGUUCCGUGGUCAACAUGUACCUUGUGAAUGUUUUAUAGGCUAAAUUUAUUGCACAUUCUUAUUGGUCAGAACCUGCGUCUUCAUGGUUUACCCUAUGGUCAAAACGUUUGAACGCAUGCAUUUGCAGUUGUUUUCCUAUUCACCAUGAAAUUAACGCAAAACAUUUA